AAAGUGACGUCAAUGCAUACCGUCUAUUGGUUACAUCAGUGUCAACACACGUCACGUUUCCGCCCAACCUUAAACCUAGAGCUUUUUCCGAGCAUCGUGUUUCAUUUCCUGACCGGUCGGGCUUGGGUGCUGUGGGCUGCCUUCCAUCUCUUUGACUGCUUUACUGGAUACGUUCGUCUCACAAGGUACCCAGAUUCACUCUUGCUCCUGUUCUUCGCACCAGUUGAUUGUUCUGUAGCAGUACGUUUUCCCUCAAAACUCCCGCCAUGGUUGAAAAGAUGUCGUCCUUCGGCAAGAUGCUGCUCCGCCGCCGCAUGCUGGACCUCUCCCAGGAGGAGACCCGCUUUUUCCGCUGCCUGACCACGCUGGACCUCAUCGCCCUGGGCGUGGGCUCGACGCUCGGCGCCGGCGUCUACGUGCUCGCCGGCGAGGUGGCCAGGGAGAAGGCUGGCCCCGCCAUCGUCCUCUGCUUCUUAAUCGCGGCGCUGUCCUCCGUCCUGGCCGGCCUGUGCUACGCCGAGUUCGGGGCCCGCGUGCCCAAGACGGGCUCCGCCUACCUUUACAGCUACGUGACGGUGGGCGAGAUCUGGGCCUUCAUCACCGGCUGGAACCUCAUCCUCUCCUAUGUCAUUGGUACCGCAAGUGUGGCUCGUGCGUGGAGCUCCACUUUCGAUAAUCUGGUGGAGCAGAAGAUCUCCAUCUUCUUCAAGGCCUCCAUGUCUAUGAGCGUUCCUGGGAAAGUGUUGGCGGAUUACCCAGACCUUUUUGCCCUCAUCCUGGUGCUUCUGCUCACUGGACUGCUGGCCUUUGGCGUGAGCGAGUCGGCGUUGGUGAACAAGAUUUUCACCGGAAUCAACCUGGUGGUGCUGGGCUUCGUCAUCAUCUCCGGCUUUGUGAAAGGAGACUCCGCCAACUGGAACCUCACAGUGGAGGACUUCAUGAACAGCACCAAUGUCACCAAUCCAGAGACCAUAGCGAGCAUGUUUGGAAGCGGUGGCUUCGCUCCAUUUGGCUUUAAAGGGAUCCUGUCAGGCGCCGCCACCUGCUUCUAUGCUUUUGUGGGGUUCGACUGCAUCGCCACCACAAGUGAGGAGGCGAAGAACCCCAUGCGCUCCAUCCCCAUCGGCAUCGUGGCCUCCCUGCUCAUCUGCUUCUUUGCCUACUUCGGCGUGUCUGCCGCCCUCACCCUCAUGAUGCCGUACUACAGCCUGAACACCCAGAGCCCUCUGCCUGAGGCCUUCAGCCACGUGGGCUGGGGUCCUGCCCGCUACAUCGUGGCCGUGGGCUCGCUCUGCGCCCUUUCCACCAGUCUGCUGGGCUCCAUGUUCCCCAUGCCCCGGGUCAUCUACGCCAUGGCGGAGGACGGCCUGCUCUUCCGCUUCCUGUCCCGCAUGAACGAGAAGACCAAGACCCCCAUGCUGGCCACCAUCGUGUCCGGUUUCGUGGCGGCUCUGAUGGCUUUUCUCUUUGAUUUGGCUGCUUUGGUGGACCUGAUGUCAAUCGGGACCCUGUUGGCCUACUCCUUGGUCGCAGUGUGUGUGCUCAUCCUAAGGUACCAGCCAGGCAGCCUGAAUUCUGCCAGUCAGAGCGAGAAGCUGGUGGAACUGAUCGGGGAGGAGAAGGUUGCCAUGACGGCGGGAGACAGCACCGACGAGGACAGCCCCGAGCUGGAGAGCCGCCGCCCCCUGAAGGAGAGGUUCUCCUGGAGGCUCCUGCUGAACCCCAUCUGCGAUUCCCCGACCAAGACCUCGGGCACCAUCGUAUACGUCACCACGGCGAUCAUCUCUGUGCUCUUCACAGUUCUGUGUAUGGUUCUGGCGGUGUGGCCAGCUGAGCUGUUGGAUGGGCAGCCGGGCCCGCUGGUUGCGUGUGUGCUGCUGAUUGUGCUUUCCGUAUUCUGCACGGCCAUCAUCUGGAGGCAGCCCGAGAGCAAGGAGGCUCUCACCUUCAAGGUACCUCUGCUCCCUCUGCUACCCUUGGUGAGCAUCUUCAUUAACGUCUACCUCAUGAUGCAACUGGACCUGGCCACCUGGUGUCGAUUUGCCGUGUGGAUGGUCAUUGGCUUCUUAAUUUAUUUUGCCUACGGUAUGUGGCACAGCAUGGAUGGCGCCAGUGGUUCUUCCCAAAAGUAUGAGCCAGCCCUCCAAUCAAAGACCCCCAUCUAUCUAGGGCGGGAUGAAAGUGAAGUGGAAGCAAUGACACCCUGAAAGUAUGGAGGGGGAGAGGACCCCCCCCCCCCCCCCCCC